AUGCUGCAUACGUGCUGGCCCAACAUCGGGGCACAAGGACACAUCGAAUGUCAACAAUCCUUACGUCAAAGACUUACGUCUUCUCCUAGCAACUUGAUAUCCAUACAUCCCAGUUCCUUCACCUCACAUAGAUCUUCGUCCCUGACCACUGUCCGAAACGGGUGGUUCCUUAACCUAUCCUCUGUGUCCAUCCCAACAGACAUACAGUGUUUCCUACAACUAGGUGAGAACUUCGCUCUUCCACUUAACGACAAACGCAAGAUAAUUUUCGAUUGCAUUAAGAGUGUGGAAACUGGGGUGCAUCGCAUGCCGAUCGAAAAUAGAAUCGCAAUCACCAACCACUCCAUUCCAAUUCUCAACGGCAUCAUUUCCUCUCCAAUCACAACAUCUCCUAUUGAUAAAGUAUUGCUAAGAAUGGAAUCGAAGACACGCGCCUUUUUGUCGGAGCAUACCAAUGUCUUGUUCACACAUGCAGAUAAAGGCAAUGUCACAGUCGCGUUAGACAGAGAGGUCUACUUGGAAAAGAUGAUCACUCUGCUGAAUGACAAGGACACAUACUCUCUUAUCAAUAAAGAUCCCAUCAGGAGAAUCACGACAGCGGUCAGGUCCAUGCUCACCAGAUGGAAGACAAAGAGAUAUAUUAGCGAAGCAAAAUAUAAGACGUUAUAUUGUAGUGACGGAUCACUUCCGAGAGCUUAUGGUGUGCCGAAAAUACAUAAACCUUGUUGCCCUUUGAGGGUCAUUGUCUCUUCGUUGGGCAGUCCGCUCUAUCCACUGGCGACAUUCGUACACAAUAUAUUAAUUAAAUCUAUUCCUAAAGCAGAUAGUCAUAUAAAAAAUAGUUUCGAACUUGUUGACAAAUUAAAAAGACUACAUACCACCGAUCAAUAUAAAUUAAUCUCAUUAGACGUAAAAUCUUUAUUCACGAAUGUUCCGGUGGAUAUAGCCAUAGACUGCAUCAAUGAACAUUGGACGUAUGUUGCCGGAGACUGUCCUCUACCUAGGGAGGAGUUCGUGGGGGCAAUAAGGUUCAUCCUUGAUUCUACAUUUUUCUCGUUUAACAACAAUUUUUAUAAACAGAGUUACGGCACUCCUAUGGGGUCCCCCUUAUCACCUAUAAUAGCGGACUUGGUGAUGAGGAGACUUGAGACGGUGUCCUUGAUGUCGUUGAACUUGGACGCAGUAUUUUAUUUUAGAUACGUGGAUGAUAUUUGUACUGCGGUGGAACCAUCAAGAAUUGACGCAAUAGUAGAACAAUUUAACUCGUUCCAUCCACGAUUACAAUUCACUUCUGAAUUUGGGGGUGAUGAAAUUAAUUUCCUGGAUGUGACUAUAUCGAUCAUUGGUAACGGGUUUGGAGUUGAUUGGUAUCGCAGAAAACUAAAGACAAGGAUUGCAGAACAUCGCAAUCAUAUUAAAUACAACACGUCGGCACGAUCGGUAAUAACGGAACAUAGAAGACAACUCGACCACGAAUUUAAAUGGGAGGAGGUCGAAAUCUUAGAUGAAGAGCCCAGCUAUCGGAGACGUUUAGUUUCAGAGAUGAUUAAUAUCAGGAAACAAAAGAAUGGUAUCAAUUUGCAGACAGAUACCGAAGGCCUCCACAAAGCGUACAUUCCAAUCAUAAAUAGAGUUUGA